AUGGCGUCCAUCAUGGAGGGGCCGCUCAGCAAGUGGACUAACGUGAUGAAGGGCUGGCAGUAUCGCUGGUUCGUGCUGGACUACAAUGCGGGGCUGCUCUCCUACUACACGUCCAAAGACAAAAUGAUGAGAGGCUCACGCAGAGGAUGUGUUAGACUCAGAGGAGCUGUGAUUGGUAUAGACGAUGAGGACGACAGCACCUUCACAAUAACUGUUGAUCAGAAAACCUUCCAUUUCCAGGCUCGUGAUGCUGAUGAGCGAGAGAAGUGGAUCCAUGCCUUAGAAGAAACAAUUCUUCGACAUACUCUCCAGCUUCAAAUCAGUACUACACUUGCUUUUUUCCAGUCUUCUGGUAUCUCUCCAGUUCUUGAAUUUUCAAAAAUAAUUGUAAGUGAUUCAAUUGGUUUAGAUCCGGGAUUUGUUCCUAGUGUCCAAGACUUUGAUAAGAAACUUACAGAGGCUGAUGCUUAUCUACAAAUUUUGAUAGAACAAUUAAAGCUUUUUGAUGACAAACUUCAAAAUUGCAAGGAUGAUGAACAGAGAAAGAAAAUUGAAACCCUCAAAGAGACAACAAAUAGCAUGGUAGAAUCAAUCAAACACUGCAUUGUAUUGCUGCAGAUUGCUAAAGACCAGUGUAAUGCGGAGCAGCACGCAGAUGGAAUUAUAAGUACUAUCAAUCCUGUAGAUGCAAUAUAUCAACCUAGUCCCUUGGAACCUGUGAUAAGCACAAUGCCUUCCCAGACGGUCUUACCUUCAGAACCUGCUCAGUUGUGUAGUAAGUCAGAGCAGCGUCCAUCCUCCCUACCAGUUGGACCUGUAUUAGCUACUCUGGGACGCCAUCAGACUCCAACGCCAAAUAGUACAGGCAGCGGACACUCAGCACCCAGUAGCAGUCUCACUUCUCCCAGCCACGUCACCUUGUCUCCAAACACAGUCCCAGAGUUCUCGUACUCCAGCAGUGAGGACGAGUUCUAUGAUGCUGAUGAAUUCCAUCAAAGUGGCUCCUCUCCAAAGCGCUUAAUAGAAAAUUGGUUGUUUUGUAGUUCCUCUGGAUCUGCCUCAGUCUUGACACACAGCAGCUCGGGGAAUAGCCUGAAGCGGCCAGACACCACAGAAUCCCUUCAUUCGUCCUUGUCCAAUGGAGCCAGUGAUGCUGACCUUUUUGAUUCCCAUGACGAUAGAGAUGAUGAAGGAGAGGCAGGCUCCGUGGAAGAGCACAAGAGUGUUAUCAUGCAUAUCUUGUCCCAGGUUCGGCUUGGAAUGGAUCUUACUAAGGUAGUUCUUCCAACAUUUAUUCUUGAAAGAAGAUCUCUUUUAGAAAUGUAUGCAGACUUUUUUGCACACCCGGACCUCUUUGUCAGCAUUAGUGACCAGAAGGAUCCCAAAGACCGAAUGGUGCAGGUGGUAAAGUGGUAUCUCUCAGCCUUUCAUGCAGGAAGGAAAGGGUCUGUUGCCAAGAAACCAUACAACCCCAUUUUGGGUGAGAUUUUUCAGUGUCACUGGACGUUACCAAAUGACACUGACGAGAACGCAGAGCUAGUUUCAGAAGGACCAGUUCCCUGGGUUUCUAAAAACAGUGUAACCUUUGUGGCUGAACAGGUUUCCCAUCAUCCACCCAUUUCAGCUUUUUAUGCUGAGUGUUUUAACAAGAAGAUACAAUUCAAUGCGCAUAUAUGGACCAAGUCAAAAUUCCUUGGGAUGUCAAUUGGGGUGCACAACAUAGGGCAAGGCUGUGUCUCUUGUCUAGACUAUGAUGAACAUUACAUUCUCACAUUCCCCAAUGGUUAUGGAAGGUCCAUCCUCACGGUGCCCUGGGUGGAGCUAGGAGGAGAAUGCAAUAUUAAUUGUUCCAAAACAGGCUAUAGUGCAAAUAUCGUCUUCCACACUAAGCCUUUUUAUGGAGGAAAGAAGCACAGAAUUACCGCUGAGAUUUUUCCUCCAAAUGAUAAGAAGUCUCUUUGCUCAAUUGAAGGAGAAUGGAAUGGUGUCAUGUACGCAAAAUAUGCAACAGGGGAAAAUACAGUCUUUAUAGAUACCAAAAAGUUGCCUAUAAUAAAGAAGAAAGUGAGGAAGUUGGAAGAUCAGAAUGAGUAUGAAUCCCGCUGCCUUUGGAAAGAUGUCACUUUCAACUUAAAAAUCAGAGACAUUGAUGCAGCAACCGAAGCAAAGCAUAAACUUGAAGAAAGACAAAGAGCAGAAGCCCGGGAAAGGAAAGAGAAGGAAAUUCAAUGGGAGACAAGGUUAUUUCAUGAAGAUGGAGAAUGUUGGGUUUAUGAUGAACCAUUACUGAAGCGCCUGGGUGCUGCCAAACACUAGAUUGGGAAACGUUUACCCCUGGUGACCAGGGCAGUAGGCAUAAUGAAGCAUCAAUCAAUCUUCCUUUGGGAGAAUCUAUUCACUCCCUUCUUAUUGCAGUGGUUCCUAUCUCAGGGAUACUGGACUUGCUGAAGCAGAUGAACAAUUUAAAGCAAGAAAAGCUUUCUUCUUCUCUCUUCUGUGGCAGUUAGGAUUUUGACUUCAGUCCUGAGAAGAAACUCAGGCAUUGAAAGCAGAUGUCACUAAGCUCUGAAAAAGCAUUUAUAAUCCUGUCUCAAACUCUGCACUCUAGUACUGCUAUUGAGAUAUGACAUUUCCUAGUUCAUAUCAUCUUGGUUCUAUCUAUAUAUAUAUACACACACACACACACAUACAUAUAUACAAAAUAUACUUGAUGCAAAAUUGUGCAUAAUACUCCAUCUGUAAAUAAUGAUUCCUCUGUUUUAGAAAAUUAGUGGUUAUUAAAAUCAAGUGUUAGGAAAUUUCAUGGUCUCAUCUAUAACUUUUAUUUUGGAAUUGAGCUAUUACAUUGUAUCUUAACUCUGGACCACAGUUUAAUUAUAUUUAGUGCUACUUAAGGCUUCAUAAAGUAAAUUUUCCAAUCUUU